GAGCGUUGCGUGUGCCGUGCGCACCUUGUUAUAUAUAUUAUAUUAGACAAUCUCAAAAUAUUAAACUAUAGUUCUAAUGUUAUUAACUUGUUAGUAUUUACUUACCAAACUAAAACAGUAUUUAAUUUAUUUUUGUGUGAUUGAAAUAAUUACUGACAUAAUAAGCUUAUCUAAAGCCAAAGUUUUAUCAAAAUUUACAAACAUUGGAUAACUCUGUAAAUAAAUUAAUUCACAUUGUAUUAUUAGUUCGUUUUUAAAUUAGUGUGUCCGUAGUUUUUUUUUAUAUAUUUUAACUGCAUAAUUUUGUACAUUGUACCUACUUUAUAAAAAAUAUAUAAUGAGUCCCAAAAGUGCGAGUGCAAAAAAAAACGAUGUUUCUUCGAUCGGAAAAUUAUAUCUCAUAGCAUAUAAUACUGUACAAACUUUAGGAUGGGGAUACCUGUUGUUACAAACAUUAGUAUAUUUCCUGAAUCAAGGCACUCUGGACAACUAUUGGACCGAAAUCAAGUGGACUGUAGUAAUCUUCCAGAAUGCUGCAAUACUUGAGGUGGUGCACGCGGCCACCGGACUGGUGCCGUCGGGCGUGGUGACGACGCUGGCGCAGGUGUACUCGCGCGUCUUCCUCGUGUGCGGCGCGCUGCUCGCCACCGCCGGUGCCACGCGCAGCCCCGGCCUGCCGCUCUGCGUGCUCGCCUGGUCCAUCACGGAGACCAUCCGAUACGCGUACUACGCUCUCAACCUCGUCAAGUUGGUGCCGCAUUUCCUGCUAGUCACCAGGUACUCCACGUUCCUGGCGCUGUACCCGCUGGGCGUGACGGGCGAGCUGCUGUGCAUGUACCACGCGCUGGACGAAAUCGCCGAGAGGCAGCUCUGGACCGUGUCCAUGCCCAACCCUUACAACUUCGUCUUCAGCUACUACCACUUCCUAGUGUUCUACAUGUUCCUGUAUGUUCCUCUAUUCCCCGUACUUUUCGGUCACAUGAUGAGCCAAAGAAGAAAAAUGUUGGGAAAAGACCCGAAGAAAACCCAUUAAUUGAAUAAUACGGGUUUGUUACAUAAGUAUUAAGUGGUUUUUUAGCAGAAAUUCUUGAGGCGCUCACUUAGUGGUUACCUUAUUUGGCAAGCACUAAAUGCAAAUUCCUAUUUAUUAUUUUUAACCUUAAUUGUAAGAACGCGUUUGCGAUAUGUAUUAUUUUAUUAACAAGUUAGUGACCAUUCGACCACAUGUGAGGAUUGUCUACUGUGUGACAAAAUCGGCUUAAAAAUAUUAGUGCGCUUUACCGCCACUGGAGACAAACGUUAGACGAUUCAAGACUUUACUUCGGAUCAUUUCAUUUGGCCACCAAUUCCUAAUGUCACUUCGCUGUGCUAUCGGCAAAUAUAUGGCUGCGACACUUUCAUUUGCAAUGUUAACGAAACAGAAGCAAAAUUAAUAUUUCGUCUUAAAGUGCGUAGUGUUUUGAUAACAUUCUUUGCGUUUAACAAGCGUGAGAACUUCCGUAGUUGUAAUUUUUUGGUGUAACUGGGUGUUUUAUUAUUAGUUUGUGGGUGCACUGGUAGCUUAAGGUAUAUUUGCAUAGUUAACAGCGCAGUUGCAAUGUGGAUAAUGUCUCAAAGAUACACCCGUAAUAUCUAGUAAAGUAUGUCGCGGCGGUUUACACUUUCGCUUGUUGAAAGCAUAUUGCAACAACUCUCUUCGGGGAUAUGCAGUUAGUUCUUGUAUUUAACAAAGGCAGGCAUUCAAUUAUAAAUAUAAUUAGGCUCGUUGCAGUCUUAUGUUAUCUAAUAGGUACUAGUCGCUUUUGUGAAAUGCAAGAAUACCAGAAAAAUUCCUCAUGUACAUCUUAUCUUGUAUGUAAGUAAUCUGUAACUAGAUCACGGGAAUUAUCUAGUCGUGAUUUUAACUAUAAAAUGGUCAUAAACAAAAGCUUAACCAAAGUCUUAUGCAUUAUAAUAAUUUAUUACUACUACUUAAAUGUAUGUUAUUAAAAGGUUUUGAAUUAACUUGCACUUCGCUAUCGAUGUUGUUAUGUUUGGUAUCGGGUGGUCGGUUAAGUUAACGCAUUAUCGUGAGCUAUUUUAGUUGCGGCCCGGGGUAUCUGGAUACUUAUCAUUCGAGUCCGAUUAGAGGUCAAAUUAUUCUAGAAUACUGAUGAGCGAAUAUUCAUUUAUUACAUUACUGCGAACAAUGCCUUAAUUAACAUUUUUCGGGCUGCGACAUUUGUGGAAUUGUAAUUAAGUAUAAACGUUAAGUUAAUGUGUUUCUUAAUAUGUACCUACUUUAUUAAAUUUGCUUGUUCAUUAUAUAAAUAUGCAGUUUUGUCAUUAGAAAUCGUUGUUAAUGUACUAUAGCAACCUUAACUUAUUAAGAUAUGCCUGGUUGAUGUGUCUUCUGCCCUAGUACCAACGUAGUGUGCAAGUAGACUCGUGACAGUAAAAUAAUUGUGGCGGAAUCGUGAAGGAGAGCGCUUGCGCAGCGAUAUAUUAUGUAGGUACCCGCCUGUAGACUUGUAGUAGUAGUAGUAGUACCUACGCGGGCCGCGCCGCAAACAUUCACCUGGAAAGUAGGUGGAGCGUAGCGCGUACUUACAACGGACUGACUUGUUGCAAUUGCCGGCAACGGUACUAAGAGGUUACGUCACGUUCCGAGUUGUCUAUUUACUCCCAUCAGAGCUCAUCUCGAGUGGAUCGACGUCAGUCCGGCGGUAGAGUUGUUGGCGUAACCGCUAUAAGUACCUAUUGACUCUUAACAAACAACACGUUCAAAUACACGUGUUCCCGGAACAGCUUUCAUUUAAUGAUUCGGCACUAUUGGUAUUCAGUUCAUAAACGAAAACCAAGACACGAAGCGUUCAUCUACUCACUUUCCGAGAAAGUAGGUAUAUUUAUAGAGGUCUAAAGGCCAUCUAGUUUAUUUGCGAUUUGAUUGCUUUCCAUCUCUGUGUUACCUUGGACUUCAUUAAGUAUAUGAAUACCUAUACCUAUAACAGCUAUAAAGUACCUACGUUUUAUAUAAAAAAGCACCUUAAAAAAACAAAUAUUAACAAAGUUGACGCAAGACGGACGGGUUCCGUGUUUUUUGUCUGUUGUUUGUAAAGCAACGCAAUUAGUAUGUACAUGCGAACCAAUAAUAUAAUUUAACCUUUUGAACGCUUUACAUCGUGAACAAAAACGACACUUACACGCCAAGGUAACGGGUGCAAGCGAGCUAAUGUAAACCUUACUUCAAAAGUGUCAAUGUUACUUUGACAGUGUCCGCCAUAACACCUGUAGUUGUCCUUGGCGCUGUGGGCACGACUAGUAACGACGACUUUAGGUGUUCUUGGCAUUCAAAGGGUU